GUACACUCCAUCGUGCUUCUUCUGUUCUCCGCCAACAUCCGUAUAUUGACAUCGUAGGCCACUGUGUGCCGAAGCGACUAGAAGGAUGUCGUCGUUAGUGGCGACUGUUUUGCUGGUUCUGCUCAUAUCAUCCAGCAUCAAUUCGUCUGCAGUUUCCUCAACCCCAACGUACGGACAAGAUGUCAUUACUAUUACACAUCAAAAACAAUUGCAACGACAAUCCAGGGCACCCGAUGUUGCCCCCAUCGAAGAUUCUUAUUUAGAGGCUCUGAAACAUUCACGGGGCAGUCACAACAAAGGCCCUACUCCAACAUUCCAUCAUCACCCGCAUGCAAAUCCUCAUGAAAGUCAUUCACAUGGAGUCAUUCAAGACACAGGCCACCAAUUGCACGCACACUUUCAUCCUGAAACACCAACGUACGAAUACUCAUCGACGAGCAGACCGUUAUCAGCAAUGGAGAAAAACUAUUUGAAACCGAAAAAAACGCCAAUGUUCGAUGUAAAAGAUGUAGAUCAAUCGACAGAAGAGGAACAAUCAGAAGAAGACGAACAGUCGGAAGAGUGGAUCGAAUCCGACGCUAGUACACAAUUUGUCCACAUAAUCAGACGUCCACAUAACAAUGCCGCAUCUGUUCGUUCUGCGUACUCAACGUACUCAGCCAACUUGGUCAAUGCAAUGAACACGAAACGCAAUGACAUCAAGACCGUGGAGCUGAUAGAUAACAAGAGCGAUGAGAAACAAACGAACCGGAUUGCGACUAAACACAAACAGAUUUUAAUCAAAUUACCUGAAUCGAUGGAACUUAUUACAAACAAGGCUGCUAGCGUCUUUAGAAAUGGAAUGAAGAACGUCGGAUCUAGAGUUAACAUGUUGAACAGUUUGGCAAACAGAGUCAACACAUGGUUGCCGGCUGUAAAUGCAGUGGGUCGCAGGAAGAAACGCUCCGUGUCCGAUGAGGAGAAUUACAACGAAAACGACAUCAAAAAGCGACAAUCAAGAAAUGACGCUAACAAAAUGUCCACCACCAAUAACCGGCCUUUACGAUUUCAGUUCCAAAAGUUGUCACCCAAUUCUAAAAAGACUUUUGCGCGUUCAUCCGAAAAACGAUUGGCUAGCUCCAAGUAUCAAAACUCGAAAACUACCAAAUUGAAGCACGUACUGCCCUGGUUCUAUUCCGUGUUUUCCAGAAACCAAAAGACAACGACAAGUCGAGAAGCAGAUGACGCUGAAUCCCACGAAAACUUGCUGGAUAAAAGUGACAGUAAUCUUACCACAUCCUUCAAAUCAUCUUCUGAUAAUACGCAAAACGUUAAAGAUAUCCUUUUAAGCAAACAAGGCUCUGCACAUGUCGAUCAUUCAAAGUUCACUCAUGGCCACGGUAUCAUCGUUCCAUCCGUUCCUGCAACGAGUUCCGAUACUGUUAUUAAAGAUACUGUCACUCCCGGUAUCGUGUCACAAUCGAACGAUCUGUCGCCUUACACUCACGGUCACGGUAUUGUUGUCCCCAAUGAACCAUUAAUAAAUAUUCCGUCUAUAGGAGAGUCUUCGCUCGUAUCAGACGUCGUUGAAAAUCACAACAUCCUGGCCGGUUUUAUCAACGGAACGGGCCCCAAUUCCUCGUUGUCUACAUCAAAUCUACUUGGCGAUCAUAAUAUUAUCGAAACAGACGCGAGCAUUUCACCUGUUGAUUCUCUCAUUGCAAGCCUCGACGGCCCUGUUUUAACAACAGGCGUCUUUGAAGAUGAAAUAGAUUUGGCAUUGGAUGAUUUAGAAUCAUUGAUGACGGAUAUCGUCAUCGCUCCGCUUCAAGUGGAACCUGUCGUGGCUGAGGAGGGUAGUUCAAACGAAACUAUUGUGGAAUCACCAGACUCAUCCGAUGCUGUCAUCAUCGAGGCCGCCGAAGGCAAUCAGCCGGCUUCCAUUCCUGUUGUUUCUAACUUGGCUCACCUUCUGGUUGCCUCUUCCGGCAGUAGUUCAUCAUCGUCCAGCUCAUCUUCAUCAAGCGGAUCCAUUAGCAGCGGAGGCGUAACUGGUGGAGAUACAUCUGCCGUAUCCAUCAAUCCAUUCCCGUUGAUCUACACCAUCGGAUUGGCUGCCAUUGGCAUCUUUGUUUUGACGUUGCCCAUUUGGAUUCCGUUUGUCGUUGCCAGGAUGAGGAAAGGCCGGAAUUCAAUUAGUCGUCGCAGUCCGUUUGUUUUCCCGAUAGGAUCAAUUAAUAAUGACGCGGAAUUUCAUUCCUAUUCCACCUUGUUACGCCAGUUAACGCCGUCUGAUGAUUCAUUAGAUAAUCCAGGACCAUUGAAUGCUGAGGAUUUAUACGGACCUACGCACACCAAUUAUUUUGACAGAAAAGCAGCACGUCGUCGACGAUAAACAAUAAUCCUAGCACAGAAAGAUAAGAGAUCGAUUUAUUCUUUCUACUACCCACUACCAUGUCCAACUGUAAUCAUUAGACUUCAUUAACGGAUGUAUUUAUGCUUACCCCUGAUAACACUACGCGAACCAUAACUAUAAGACUUUGACAUGGCUGUUUAUUUAUUCCAACGGAAAAAGGCUAUUCCUUUUUUAUAUAAACAAUUUGUCUCCAGUGUACCUCUUCAUUGAUUUGUCCUUGAGUUGGAAUGGUUGGAAAACGUUUUUCUUGUGAACGUAAUUCCCGAGGUGCACUUUUCUCACCAGCAGGGAAGGCUAAAGGCUGCUGCAACGAUGAUUGUUAAAGUUUCGUUUCAAAUGGAGUUAAAUCGAUACUGGUGUCUGCGAACUGAGGGGAAACCCACGUUCAUCAAUCUACCAUUUGACAGGUUGAAUUCUAUAUCGCUAAGGUGUGUCCCACCUGAAGAGCAACCGUAAUCAGACCGGAGAGACGAUGCAACAGUAAAUUACUGUUACUUUCAGUGAUUAAGGCUGAAUAUAGAGAGUGAAACGGUGAUUUGUUGUUGUUACAGAUGUUGUGGACGGCAAACGGCCUCCAUUUCGAUGGAAUGAGUCAUGGAAUUUUAGGUACAGUGACGUAACUAAACGUACAAAAUCAUUGAUCGUUUAGCGUGCAACAGUUAUCCAGCGAACGGAAAUCACCAGAUGUCCAUUUGUGAUUCGAUUAUGCAAACUACCUUAUAAAAUUGUGAAAAAAAAUAUAAUUAAGCUGUUCGAAUGUAUAGUGAUGGCUCCAGAAAGGCUUGUCGUCAUGACUCUAUCGCUUUAUUUUGAUAAAAGAGCCAUCUCGCUCCUAGCAGGUGAAUUUUCUUUUCCCAUUGCCUAUCACAAUGUUCUAUUUCAGCUCAAAUAGUCGUGCAAAAUAAGUGUGUCAACACUGAGUCCUUUGGUUUAU